UCCACCAUACUCCGUGAGGAGAGUUCGAGACCACACGAUAUACCACUGCAACAUUUGAAAGAGAUCACGGAUAACUUUUCCGACAAGCGAAUACUUGGAAAAGGUGGUGUCGGUGUGGUAUACCAGGGAGUGCUGCCAAAUGGAGAAAUGAUUGCCGUGAAGAGGAUAAUCUCGCCAUUCAUGCCAGGCCCGCAGAAGCAAUUCAACAGCGAGGUGUGCCAUCUUAUGUUGCUUAAGCACCCCAAUAUAGUGACAUUUGUAGGCUACUGCUGCGAAACAAAGAAUGAAUGCGUAGAGCAUGAUGGGAAAUACGUUCUCGCGGAGUUAGUGGAAAUGUUACUCUGUUUUGAGUAUCUGCCCAAUGGAAGCCUUGAUAAAUAUCUAUCUGAUGAAUCUUCUGGACUUGAUUGGAGCACACGCUAUAAAAUAAUUGAGGGGAUUUGCUAUGGUUUAUGUCACCUUCAUGAGCAAAUGGGUAGACAUAUUGUUCACCUGGAUUUGAAACCUGCAAACAUAUUGCUAGAUGGUAGUAUGGUACCAAAAAUCGCCGACUUUGGAUUGUCAAGACUGCUUGAUGAACAACAAACUAUUUGCACUUCAUCUCGUGAUGGAACAUUAGGUUACAUGGCACCAGAGUUUUUGCAUGGAGGUACAAUUACACAAAAGUCUGACAUUUUCAGUUUGGGUGUAAUUAUUAUGGGGGUAGUAACAGGACACAGGGACUACCCAGACGUCAGUAGAACACCUUUAGAUGAAUUUAUCAAGCUUGUGCUUGAGAAAUGGAGAAAUGUGUUACACAGAUCACUGGGAUGUGGAUCCCUAGACACGUAUUGUGAACAAAUAAAGAGAUGCAUCAAGACAAGUCUAAUAUGUGUGAAUCCUGAACGCAACAAGAGACCUCGGAUAAUGAAAAUUAUAAAUAUGCUCCAAGGAUCAGAAACUAUCGAACUAUGAAAUACGACCUCGGUAACAUCUUAUAUUUUGGGACAUAGGUAGUGGCAACUAAGCCACGUAAACAACAAACAAGGGUCCAUGUUUAUAUCAUGCCUGAACAGUCAUGCGUUUAAACUGUAAGUAGUCUCUUUUUUGUGUUGAUGAUUAUGUUCAGCCCAACUACUGCAUUCUAUAGGGCCAUUUUAUAUGUGUUGUAGAUAUGAUUUCAACUUUGUUUUUCCUUUAGAUGGGGAAGCAACUCAAUUAUUUACGCUCAGGCGAAUGGAAAUAGCCAUCAGUAUCACCCAAGGCUUAAGGUAUCUGCACAUCGGAGUUGCAGCCUCCCUUUGCUAUAUCAGAGUUGAUUCGUAUAUUUUUGCAAGUUGCAAGUGUCCCUGAAAUGCUUCAUCAUGUAACCCAGCUUGUCUGAUCACUGAAAUGUUUGGCUUUUGAUGGCGUUUUCUGGUGUUGAACUUGGAUAUGAUUCAAUGAUCAUGCGUUUCACUGCUUGCACAAA